AUGUCUCUCUCCAACAAGCUUCCCAUUACUGAUGUCGACCUCAAGGACAAGCGUGUCUUGAUCCGGGUUGAUUUCAACGUCCCCCUCGACGAGAACAAGAACGUCACCAACCCCCAGCGUAUCACCGGUGCUCUGCCCACCAUCAAGUAUGCCAUUGAGAACGGCGCCAAGGCUGUUGUGCUCAUGUCCCACCUUGGCCGUCCCGAUGGUAAGGUCAACCCCAAGUACAGCUUGAAGCCCGUGGUCCCCGUGCUCGAGGGUCUCAUUGGCAAGGAUGUCAUCUUCACCGAGGACUGCGUCGGUCCCCAGACUGAGGAGAUCGUCAACAAGGCCACCGGUGGCCAGAUUGUCCUGCUCGAGAACCUGCGUUUCCACGCCGAGGAGGAGGGCAGCUCCAAGGAUGCCGAGGGCAAGAAGGUCAAGGCCGACAAGGCUGCUAUCGAUGAGUUCCGCAAGGGUCUCACUGCCCUCGGUGACGUCUACGUCAACGAUGCUUUCGGUACUGCCCACCGUGCCCACAGCUCCAUGGUCGGAGUCGACCUCCCCCAGAAGGCCGCCGGUUUCCUCGUGAAGAAGGAGCUCGAGUACUUCGCUAAGGCCCUCGAGAACCCAGCCCGUCCCUUCCUCGCCAUCCUCGGAGGUGCCAAGGUCUCGGACAAGAUCCAGCUGAUCGACAACCUCCUCCCCAAGGUUAACAGCCUGAUCAUCACCGGCGCCAUGGCCUUCACCUUCAAGAAGACCUUGGAGAACGUCAAGAUCGGCAACUCCCUCUUCGACGAAGCCGGCAGCAAGAUCGUCGGCGAGAUCGUUGAGAAGGCCAAGAAGUUCAACGUCGAGAUCGUCCUCCCCGUCGACUACGUCACUGCUGACAAGUUCGCCGCUGAUGCCAAGGUCGGCGCUGCCACCGAUGCCACCGGCAUCCCCGACGGCUACAUGGGUCUGGACGUCGGCCCCGAGUCCGUCAAGCUCUACGAGAAGACCAUCGCCGAGGCCAAGACUAUCCUCUGGAACGGUCCCCCCGGUGUCUUCGAGCUGAAGCCCUUCGCCAACGCUACCGAGAAGACUCUCAAUGCUGCCGUCAAGGCCGCCCAAUCUGGCGCCAUUGUUAUCAUCGGUGGUGGUGACACUGCUACCGUUGCUGCCAAGUACAACGUUGAGGACAAGCUCUCCCACGUUUCCACUGGUGGUGGUGCCUCCCUCGAGUUGCUUGAGGGCAAGGAUCUGCCCGGUGUUGCUGCUCUGUCCAGUAAGUAA